GAAAAAAAAGGAGCAUGGAGUCGUGUAAAUGGACAUCGAUCAUUAUUAUUUCACAAUAAUAUUUGUAUAAUAUAAAUUAAUCAACUCAUUUUUUAUCGCAAACAAUUAAGUUCCUAUUAUUUAUUUGCGUAAUAAAAUUGUAUUUAAUCGAUUUUCUUACGAUAAGUGAAAAGCCGCUCGUCAGGUUAUAUUAUUUUUUGCGAAAAUUGUAACUGCAAUACACUUGAAUAAUAUUUUGAAAUAAAGCUUAUAAUGUUAGAAGAAUGAAGUGCCACUACGAAGUUUUGUGCGUCACGCGAGAGGCAAGUGCAUCGGAAAUAAAAAAAGCUUAUCGACGUCUCGCACUGCAGUGGCACCCCGAUAAAAAUUUAGACAAUUUGCAAGAGGCAAAAGAGCAAUUUCAAAUAGUGCAAAAUGCCUAUGAAGUACUCUCCGACCCUCAAGAAAGAGCAUGGUACGACAACCACCGAGAGCAAUUAUUGCGUGGUGCAGGCAGUUCCUAUAAUGAUGAUAGUCUUGAUGUUUACCCUUACUUUAGUCCGUCCUGUUAUAAAGGCUUUGGUGAUGAUCCCCAAGGUUUCUAUGGAGUUUAUUCGGAGGUAUUUUCCAAAUUGGUAUCUGAGGAAACAGAUUUUUUGGAUGACCCAGAAGAUGUUAGCAAAAUUCCGAAAUUUGGAAACUCAGAAACUCCUUAUGAAGAUGUGCAUGAAUUCUAUGCUUAUUGGAUGGCCUUUUCCACUAAUAAAAGUUACGUUUGGUUAGACCAAUAUGAAAUAUCCCAAGGUGAUAACCGUAGAGUAAUCAAGUUGAUGGAAAAGGAAAAUAAUAAAAUAAGGCAGAAGGCUCGCAAGGAAAGAAAUGAGGAGAUUCGAAGGCUAGUGAGUUUUGUUCGCAGGAAGGAUAAGCGUGUUAUUGAACAUACCAGACAGCUUCAAGAAAAGGCUGAAGAAAAUAAAAAAAAGGCAGAACAAGUUAGAAGAGAAAGAAUAAUUCAAAGGCAGAAAGAAAUAGAAGAAGCUAAAAAGAAAGAAGGAGAGUCAUCUUUCCUUCAAAGUGAAGAUUACCAAAAGAAACUUAGUGAAAUUGAGUCAUUAUUGGCAGAGGAAUUUGGUUUAUCCUCAGAUGAUGACACUAUUAGUGAAGGAGGAAUGGAGAGCAGCAAUGAAGAAAGUUCAAAGACUGAAGAAGUGAGUGAAACUUCAAGGGCAACAAAAUCAUCAGCUAAAAGUAAAUCAGCUAUCAAAAAUUUAUACUGCACAGCUUGUAAUAAGCUUUUCAAAAAUAUAAAUUCAUUUGAAAAUCAUGAGAAUAGUAAGAAACAUAAAGAGAAUGUUGCCAAUAUGACUUUGGAUGAUGACAUUGAUAUCUCUGAUGCUGAAGAAGAUGAAGAAAGACAGGAGAGUUUGGAUAAGAACAAAGAAAAGAAAAUUAAUGGACAGACUGAGGAGGAAGGUGAUGUAUUGGAAAAUUCAGCAUCUGACAUUGAAGACAAUGACAUAAGAGAGACUUUAAGUGACGAUUCUGACAAAAUACAGGCUUUACCUAAAAGUCAGAAGAAAAAGAAAAACAAAAAGAAGUCUUUUAUACCAAUGCCUGAAAGUGAAGGCAAUGAUAGUCAUGAUGAAAUGAGUUUUAAUGAAAUAGAAGGACCGUCAAGAAGUAGGAAAGCUAAAAAGUUUAACAUGCUUAAGAGUCAAAUUCAGGCCAAGAAAGAAGCAAAUCUCAAGAAAGGAUCACAGUCUCAAACUUCAACAGAGAACUUAUAUGAAGUUUCGAGCACAACACCUACGGAUGAUGCCUUAGGUGAAGUUGGCUUGCCGAGGGACAGACCCUCUUUACCAAAAACUCAACGAAACAUAAAAGCUAAAAAAUUAGUAGAAAGGAAACCGGUACGAACAAAAGCAAGCGAAACUGAAGAUUCCAGUAGUGCACUGAAUCUUAGAUGUGUUGUUUGCCAAGCAGAUUUCCAGUCAAAGAAUAAAUUGUUUGACCAUUUAAAAAAGACAGGUCAUUCUAUACCACUUCCUCAUACUAGCAUCGCUCAAAAGAAGGGUAAGAGAGGUAAUAGGUAAAAUGUGCAAUGAAUUAGAUAGGAAGAGAAGUAUUAAUUAUUCACUGAGAAUCAAAAGAUUUUCUUUAAAUCCUUACAAAAUGUAAAGUGACUUUAUCAUUCUAUUUAUUAAAUUUAUGAUCACUCAAUAAAGUAUGCCUAAU